AUGGCCGAACGGUAUGCUCUAAGAAUCGAGAAUUGGAAAUUGCCUGAAGAUUCCCCAACAAGACCGACGUGGCUUCCACAUGGUGUCUUAGAGGGGAAAGUUUUCGGCACGUUCGGUCGUGCCGAAAUCACAGAAGCUAUCACAGUUCUUAAGAUUAUGACUGAGGCCAAGCAUGCAGCUACGACUGCGAGAGAUGCUUCUGGGAGACAAGAAGACCGGGGAGGUCCUGUUCCGAUACAAGAAGACCGGGAAGACGCUGCUCUAAGCCCUGGAUACUGGAGAGGUCCUACUCCGAUACAAAAAGACUAUGAAAGUCCUGCUCUGGUACAAGAACAGAUGAGCGACGAAUUCGCCGACGAGGGCCCUGGCAUGUUUGGAUUAGAUACCCCUAAAGACAACCCUCCUACGUGA